AUGUGCAAAUGCUGGCUCGCUGCCAGCCCAGCCGUGCCGGAGUGGUGCGGUGACGGUGGCACGGCCGAGGCAAACGCGCUGUGGAGCGGCUUUUCCCAUCUGCCUAACGGUCUCUACCCAUCGUACAUUCCCCUGAGCCACCUCGAACCUCCCAGUGCCGGCAGUCCGCUCCUGGCCCAGCUGGGACAGCACAGCCUCUUUGAAUCACAGAAAGAUGGGUUCUACCUGUCCGGCCACGCAGGCCAGUCUGCUUUACACCCUCAACCUCCCCUCUCAAGGACCGUGGGCAGCCACACGUCGAGCACUUUGCUCCGGGAAAAGGACCUUGGGCAGCUGCACAAGAGCUCGAAGGAAGGCCUGAAAGACCCCGGUGGGAAGGAGCGGGCAUGCCGGAGCGAUCUGUCCCUGCCCUUUGCCAAGAAGGAGAGCAAGCCGAAGGAGGAGCCCCGGCCCCGCAGUGUGGUUGACCUCACACAGGACACCAAGCCCGACAGCGACCGGAAAGUGAGUGUGGUGGAGAAGGCGGUGAAGGUCGGCGAGCGUCUCUCACCGUUCCUGGCUGAGCACAUGCCAAAUCGGGGCACAGGCAGUGGGGAACCCAAGUCCAAGAACCCGCUGCAGAGCUCUUCCCUCAGCAACUGCAACGGCGGCGGGGACCCCGUUCUGAAGGUCCUGGGUGCCGAGCAGGACCGCUGUGCCAAGGAUCCCACUCGGCACGACGAGAACAUGAGGCCUUCUGCGCAUGCCCACGCUGAGCGGCUGAAGCGAGGGGAGCCCCUCCUGCCCUCCGUGGGCGCUUUGCACGUCUCCUGUAGCUGCCCAUCCCCGCACCCCUCGCAGACGGGGAAGAUGACGCCGGCCACAACAUUCCCUCCGCAGCCCGUCCAUUCCAGCAUGUACACCAUCUUCCCGCCGGCCAAGGAGCUGGGGAGGGAGCACAAAGUCAUCGCCCCCACCUUCGUGCCUUCGGUCGAAGCCUACGACGAGAGGAGCGGGCCCAUCCAAAUCGCCUCGCAGGCCCGAGACAACAAGGUGAAGGACAAAGACCUCGGCAAGGUGGGGGUGCUGCAGUCACCCACGGAGCGGUGCCUUGCGGAUGCCUCCCGCACGCUCUUGUCCCAGGACUUUUCUUGUCACAGCGAUGCCAAAAGGAUGGAGGUUCUGAGAGAGAAGGGCUCGGUGAUCAGGACGAACUCCAUGGCACUGAAGAGACAGGUCACUUCAGAGCCCUUCCUCAACCGGCCGGGGCUGGGCUCUCCGGAGAGCAGGGAGUUCCUGGCCUCCAAGGACUUGCUGAAGCCGAGUCCGGAGGCAGAGCAUCGCCCUUGCGAGCGGGAACGCUUCCAGCGAUCCAGCUCCAAAGAAGCAGCAAAGGUCUAUGGCACUUUGGACUCCUCCCGGCAGCACCUGGACCACGGUCAGCUGAAACCACCGGAGCAGAAGUGGAAGCCCUUUGAGAUGGGCAACUUUGCCACCACGCAGAUGGCGGUGUUGGCUGCUCAGCACAACCACGUCACCCGGGUGGAGGAGGAAGCCAAGAAGGUCUACCUUGACCCCAGUGGCUUGCCACGGACCUCGGUGGUGGGCUCACGGGGCGCCGCCGACGUCCUGCACCCCACCUCGCACGGCGAAGGGUCGGCCAUGCAGAGCCUCAUCAAGUACAGCGGCAGCUUUGCCAAGGAGACCGCGUCCCGGCAGAGCUGCGGCAAGAAGAGCCCCUUCGGCGGUUUGGGCAACGUGAAGUUGGACUCUGCGCAGCUGGGAGCCUCCAAGGUGCAGCAGCUGCUGCUGCAGCAGCCAGCGAAGCAGCUAAAACGGGACCCUGAGAGACCUGAGAGUGCCAAAUCCUUCGGCCGUGAGAGCAUCGGCUCCCAGGGCGAGGUGGAGGUGAGGCACUUGCCUGUUGGCAUCGCCGUGGCUGUGGCCCGGCAGAAGGACAACAGCAGCAGCAGCAGCAGCAAACUGGGGCCCAGCUUGGCAGACCGAGAUCGCUCGCUGUCUCUCAGCAGCAUCAAAGGGCACGGACGCUCCGAAGAUGACUGUGGGGAUGAGAGGAGCCGCCACCGGGACAGCCACCUCCUGGCAGGGCGCUUGGAACGGGAUCAGGAGAAGCUGCUCAGAGAAAGCAAGGAGCUGGCAGAUUUUGCCCGGAUCCACCCCUCCAGCUGCGCCACGAACGGUUUGAACUCCAACCUCAUGGUGACGGGAGGCCCAGCCCUGGCGGGCUCCGGGCGCUGGUCUGCAGACCCGGCUUCGCACUUGGCAGCCCACCCCUGGCUUCCCAGGACAGGGAGCCCCUCCAUGUGGCUGGCUGGCCAUCCCUAUGGACUUGGUCACCCUUCCCUGCACCAGGGCAUGACUCCAGGCUUCCCCCCUGCCAUGGGGGGAGCUCUCCCUUCCGCCUACCAGUUUGCCAGAGACCCGCAGUCGGGGCAGCUUGUUGUGAUCCCCAGCGAGCACUUGCCACACUUUGCAGAGCUGAUGGACCGGGCACCCCCACUGUGGCCUGCCAUGUACCCCCCGACCAGGAGCUCCCUCCAGCACGCUCACCAGCUCCAGCUCCUCUCUCAUCAGCAGCUGCUGCGGCAGCACGAGCUGUACAUCCUGCAGCAGCAAGCGGCCCAUGCCAUGGAGCUGCAGAGGAGUGCCCAGCUCGUGGAGAGAUUGAAGGCCAACGAGCAGCGUGUGGAUAUGGAAGAGAAGGUGACGAAGCGGAGCCUGGACAGUGCCAAAUCAGGCCUUUCCUCCUCAGCCCCGGGACUGGUGCACCGAAAACCACCCGUGCUGUCUCCCAGCGCCUCCACGUCCUACAGCAAGGCUGUGAGUCCACCUCCCCUCUCUCCCAGGGCCUCACCCGUGUCUGUGCUCAAAGCUGAGGUGAUCCAAAAGAUGGAGGAGCCACCUUCGCAGCCAGCCUACUCCUACCCCGCCACCCCCAGCUCCCAUCCUUCCAGCCCGCCCCCUGCCUCUCCACCCCCUGCCCCUGCCAUCCCUCCGAAGGAAGAGGCACCUGAGACCGUGGACAAGAAAGACUUGGAGCUGGAAAAAGAGGCUACUGGUCCAUAUCAGGCCUUGUUCCCAGAGAUCCCCCCUGGAUAUCCAUUCCAGUCCCUGCCUCCCUCCUUUGGAAGACAUUAUCCCUACCUCAUCCAGCCUGCCCCAGCAUCUGAUGCGGAUGGCCUGGCUCCUGACGUCCCGCUGCCUGCUGAAGGGUCUGAGCACAUGGAGCUUUCCUCAGAGGUCAAGCCCAUCCACCUGUCUCCGUCCAAAAUCCUAGAGCCCAUCCAAGCAGCAGCAGAAGAGGAAUCCUUGGAAGAGAGGGUGAAAUCAGAGGUGCAGAUGGAAGAAAGCCAAGAAGGCAUCUGUGAGCAGGACAUGGGGACUCUGAACAUCACCACCUCCGCAGCCGUCCCAGUGCAGAACGUGGAAAAUUGCAAUCUCCUGUUACAUCAAGGGGAAACCCUGGGUGCUAUGGAGCAGGACCAGGAAGACCUCCAGAGCUGCUCACCUCCUUACCAGGUUGUGACCUGUCCUGCAGAAGCAGAGGCUGAGGCAGAGACUGGGAGUGGAGCAGAAACCUGUUCCAUGCACAUGGACUACGAUGGUUUGCUUGUGCAUGCAGAGAACGAGCCACCAGAGAUGGACUUGACGACCCAGCGGGAGGAGGCCUCUGUAGCCAUGGAUCUGCAGAGCGCCGAUGUGCCCCGAGGGAGGGAGUUUCCCAGCCUACCCCCUGAGGAGGGGGAGCAGGGGCCAGAGAUCCCUUCCUAUACAGAAGAGGCAAUCUCUUGCCAAAUCCCAGAUCUGGACAUCAAGCCGGGUGACCCGCUGGCUGGGAUGAAUGCUUUGGUGGCUGCUACAGAAAUGCCUCAGGCUUGUUCCUUGUUGACUACCACCACUGUCACUCCAUCCCAGAUGAAGGUGGAGGUGUUAACUGACCAGACCCUGGAGCACUCCUUCCUGCAGGGGAUCACUUUGCUGAGUGAAAUUGCAGAGAUGGAGCUGGAGAAACGGAAGCAAGAAAUGCAAACAGGUCCAGAGGGUUUUCCUGUCCGGCCAACACUGGAGAGUUUGCUGGCUGCCAGCACCCACAUGCUCAUGGAAGUACUUUCCACCCCCUUUAUGGAAAGUCUGAAAACCAUCCGGCUGCCUCGAGAGCUGAAUCCCAACAAAAAGUACAGCUGGAUGCAGAAGAAAGAUGAACCAAUGUACUCCAUCAAAUCGGCCAUCGAGAACAUGGACGCGAUGGAGCUGGACUACAGGAUGAGGCUGGCGGAGCUGCAGCGGCGCUACAAGGAGAAGCAGCGGGAGCUGGUGAAGCUGCAGCGCCGCAGGGACUCCGAGGAAAAGCAUGACGAGAAAAGUAGAAGCUUGGCGAGAAGAGGCCCUGGAAGGCCCAGGAAGAGGAAACUUGGAUCAAGCGCUCUGUCACCCAUUAAGGAGAGAGGGAAGAGUGACAGCAAGAGUGGAAAACUGAGCAAGUCCUUGUUGCUCUCCGAAGACUCCGAGACUGGCGAGGGCAUGAAGAAGAGGCACAAAGGGGCCCUUCCGGAGGAGGAGGAGGAUGUGGAGAGCAGCAGUGGCAAGAUGAAAGGGAGGAACCAGAGCUGGGAAGAGCAUGAUGCGGCUCCCAGCUUCUCAAAUGAGUUAAAGAUCAAAAAGAAGAAGGUGCCAUCAGAUCAGGAGCAGCUGGCCAGCAAGCUUGACAAGGCACUGUCACUCACCAAACAAGACAAGCUCAAAUCCCCCUUCAAGUUUGCCGACAGCUCUGUGGGAAAGACAAAAACUAGUGGAGGUGGCAGUAGGUACCUCCCACCCCAUGAGGCUCUGCCAAGCAAGGAGGAGAAGAAGAGCCUGGCCAAGAACCUGGGCCUGUCACUGAAAACCACCAAGGAAGGUAAAAACAAAGUGGCUGCCAAAAUGAAGAAGAUGGAGGUGGGGUUAAAAGUCAAAAAUCAGCUCAAGGUUUCCCAUUCACCAGCAAUAUCUGAAGUUAGCAGCUACUCCUAUAAUACGGACUCGGAGGAGGAGGGAAGCAGCAGGAGGGUUGUGGUUCGGUUUGGAAAUGUAGGGGAAGUGCAACUCCAUGAGAUUUGUAACGGGCUCCCUCUUUUCUGCGUGCCAGAUUCGAGCUCGGAGGAGGAGGAGGACGACGACGAGGAGGAAGAGGAGGAGGCAGAGGACUAUGGCACGGACGGCACAGACAGGCUGUCGUCGCCUGCCCUCGAUGAGAGCGGCCUGGGCCUUCUGGCCAGGUUUGCUGCCAGCGCCAUGCCCAGCCCCAUCGUGCCCCCUCCGCUUUCCAUCAUCCAGCUGGAGGCCAAGCAGAAGGCGAAGAAGAAGGAGGAGCGGCAGAGCCUGAUGGGGACAGAAUUUGAGUACACAGACUCAGAGAGUGAGAUCAAGAUCAGGAAGAAGUCGCCUUCAGGGCUGCUGCGGGGAAAGAAGGGGCCACUGGACUCAAGCAGCAUCCCGCCAAACCAGGCCCCCAGCAGCCUCGACUCUGGAUCUGGGAGCGCUGACAAGGCCAAGCUUGGGUCUGAGAAAGGCCGCAAGUUGAAGAAAUUCAAAUCCCCCAAGGACUUGAGCUUUGAGUUUGGGCUGGAGGCCAGCGAUGAUGACCUGUGGAACCGGCGCCGGAGCGAGCGGAUCUUCCUCCACGACGCCACCACGUCCUCGGCCAUGCUGACGUCUGCGGCCCCUGCCAGCUCCACCCCUGUCUCCAAGCCUGGGCGCUGUGGCAAGGGGGCACCCAUGAGCCCCAAAAAGGAGGGCAGCAAGGGGAAGGAGAGAAAGGAGCUAAGCAAGCAACGGAAGAAGGGGAAAGAAACACCCUGCUGCUCCUCUUCCUCAUCCAUGUCUCCUCCUGGCAUCCCUAGCUCCCCAUCUGAUGUUCGUGUCAGCCUGGCAAAUGCCCUGGGCUCCACCAAGAAGAGCAAAGCCAAGGUGAAAGCCAAGGAGGUGAAAAAAGAGAACCGAGGGAAAGGAGGAGCUGUCAGCAAGCUCAUGGAGAGCAUGGCAGCAGAGGAGGAUUUUGAACCCAACCAAGACAGCAGCUUCUCAGAGGAUGAGAACAUCCCACUGAGCAUGUUGGUCGAGCGACCACCCACACCAGCUCCUCGUUCCUGCAUCAUUGACAAGGAUGAGCUGAAAGAUGGUCUGCGUGUCCUCAUCCCCAUGGAUGACAAGCUGCUCUAUGCUGGGCAUGUCAAGACGGUACAUUCACCAGACAUAUACCGUGUGGUGGUGGAAGGUGAGAGGGGAAACCGUCCCCACAUUUACUGCCUGGAGCAGCUCUUGCAGGAAGCGAUCAUCGAUGUGAAACCCCCUUCAGUGCGGUUCCUGCCCGAGGGCACGAGGAUUGCAGCCUACUGGAGCCAGCAGUACCGCUGCCUCUACCCAGGGACAGUUGUCCGAGGAACCCUAGAUCUGGAGGAAGAUGGUGAUCUCAUCACAGUAGAGUUUGAUGAUGGGGACACGGGACGCAUCCCACUGUCUCACAUUCGGCUUCUCCCACCUGACUACAAGAUCCAGUGUGCUGAGCCUUCCCCUGCCCUUUUGGUGCCCAGCACCAAGCGCCGUAGCCGUAAAUCCAGCAAAGACACUGGAGAAGGAAAAGAAGGAACUGCACUGGGAUCAGAGGAGCCCGUGUCAAAGGGCAAAGGGCGAGGGAGAAAGCCAAGUGUCAAGGCAAAAGCUGAAGAGGCUGCCUUGCCUGAAGAGAAGGAUCAGGGUGAGUCCUCACCUGUUACCUCCUCAGUCCCAGAGAAGCCAACCUGCUUGGGCAAGCCAAGCAUGAAGGGGUCAAGAAAAUCGCAACCGCUGCCAACUGGAGGCUCUCCUGCUCCCACGGAGGAAAAGCGGUCAAAAGCCAGCAAAAUGAAGAUCUCCACUAAGCUGCACAGCCCCCCCCAGCCCACUUAUCAACCUGCUGUGUUCGGCAGCAUCCUUGGCACAGAACCCUACAGUGACCUCCCAGGAACACUGGCAGCCUUCGGCUCCAGUGAGGCUUCAGGGUCGAAAGCCAAGGCCAAGAAAGGGCGGCCCACAGAAGAGACACAGGAGUUUGGCACUGUGGUCAAGGCUCAGAGGAAGCAUGACAGCGAAAUCCUGAUCAAGCUGGACCAUGAGGGCGUGAUGUCUCCAAAGACAAAGAAGAUGAAGGAGGCGAUGAGGAUGCUGGAGGACUCAAACCUGGCCAGCCGCAGAGAUGGGAAGAGUCUCCUGGGGCUGGGCUAUUCCGCUGCAGUGAGUGUGGAGGGCAAGCAGAAAUCUUCCCGAGCCAAAGUGGCUGAGGGAGACCCUUCUCCUGCCAGCUUUGGAGGAAAGUUUGAUGGCUCAGUGGAGAGCCUCACUGCCUCCAAGGACCAGGAAGAAAAGGCAGCAGCUCCAGCAGCAGUGGAAGAGUCUGAGAGCAACAGCAGCGACAGCAGCUCGGAGUCAGAGGGAGAAGAGGAGGCUGAUAAGAACCGAGGGGAAGCCCAGGACAGCAGUUCAGCGAGCUCAAGAGCAUCCACCCCUCUCUCUUCCUCCAAUUCCUCCUCCUCUUCCUCUUCUAGCAGCAGCUCCUCUUCAUCUUCCUCUUCCUCCUCUUCCUCCACCUCAUCGACCUCUUCUUCAUCGAGUUCCAGCUCUUCCUCCUCCUCCACUACGGACGAAGAUUCCUCCUGCAGCUCUGACGACGAAGUAGCCGAGGCCCAGCCGAGUUCCUCGGUGCAGCAAACCCUCCCGCCCAAGCAAACCAAGCAGGCGGGGAAAUCCCGCGCGUCCUCCCACCCGUUCGGGAAACCCACGCAGAGACGUGGAAUGAAAGGGAAGGCCAGGAAGCUGUUCUACAAGGCCAUCGUCCGGGGCAAGGAGAUAAUCCGCAUCGGAGACUGUGCGGUUUUCCUCUCCGCCGGCCGCCCCAACCUGCCCUACAUUGGCCGGAUCCAGAGCAUGUGGGAGUCCUGGGGGAACAACAUGGUGGUCCGGGUCAAAUGGUUCUAUCACCCAGAAGAAACCAACCCUGGGAAGAAACUCAACGAGGGCAAGCGCUGGGAUCAGAAAUCAGGCAGGAGUCUGUCCACAGCUUUGCAGGCAUCCAACCAGAGGAAGGACUUUAUGGAGCGAGCCCUCUACCAGUCCUCUCAUGUGGAUGAGAACGAUGUCCAGACCAUCUCACACAAGUGUCUUGUUGUUGGUCUGGAUCAGUAUGAGCAGAUGCUAAAGACAAAGAAAUACCAGGACAGUGAGGACCUCUACUACCUUGCAGGGACCUACGAGCCCACCACGGGCAUGAUCUUCAACACCGACGGGGUCCCUGUCAUCUGCUGACCGCCCAGGGGACACGUGCCACCCCCUGGGAGGGACGGGACAAACCUGAGGACGUGCCUGUUCAGACGACAUGAUUGUUUCUUUCAAUGCUCAUUUCUGUGUCACACUACAGACAGGAGAGCGCGAGAGACGCGAGGAGGAAGGAGAGGGCUGAAGAAAGGGGUUGGGGAAGCAGUUACAGGACUCGGGGAAGAUGCCCUUGGGUGUGGUGGUGGUGCUUGAACGCCCAAGGCUCUUCUGGAAGUGGCUUUAAGUAAGGUGACACUUGACCAACUUCUCCCUUCCUCCUUUUGGUCCAGGAAAGCACAUGGGUCUCGUGAUCAUUUCACCAGCGGGACCCCCCGGCAGGAGGGAUCCCUUUUGUGUCAUUUGCCCCCGUCAGUAACUCGGAAGCCGCCCGUGUACGGAAGGACACCCGCUCACCUUCCACGUGCGCUCCUCUCCGUCCUUAUAUUCCCUUUCCUGCUUAGUUUCGCAUGACCCUUUAGGAAGGACAGGGUGAAAGAGAAAGGAGAUGAGUCUCUCUCAGCGCCUCGUCUCGAUCCUCUCAGCGCCUUUUUGCGGUUCCCUUUCCCUGGAGGCCCCUCUGGCAGCAUGGAGCAUGGUGGGGCGGGGCUGGUCCCAGCAGAAGAGAUCACCGGGAUAGGAGGAGCCAGGUGGAAGAGGAGCCAACACCCAGUCUGGGAUGCUGCCUUCCCACUGCCUCGAACAAACAGUCUGAACUCUCUUUUCAUCGCUCUCUGUUCCUCCUGCCCUGGAAAGGUGCUGGGGGGAGCAAGCUUGUGGUGAGGGGGGUGACACUUGGCAAACAAAGAACUUGGAGUGUGCAGUGAAGGGGCAGGAAAUGACUGGGGAAAAACUGCUGCUGCUCGGUGCUUGGAGGAGAGGAGACCACAGACCAUUGGAUUCCGGCAUCCCUCACCCCCCUUUAGCCUCCAUGCCUUGCCUGAUCAGAGAUGUGGAGCUGCUGGGAAGCCUUUGUCCAUCAUUUGAAGGGAAUGGGGAUGAUGUAUGAACCCGGCUGUGCCUGCCUGCAGCGUUCCCACAGCCAGAGCCCCGCUGCCACCUCGGGCUCAGGGAGGGGACCGCCCAGCUUGCUCCAUCCAGCGGGCCUGACUCCCCACGGAGAUGCUCACCCACCGUCUCGUUCCCACUGAGCACACGCCGGACCCGUGGCACCACCACCGCUGCUCCAGGGUUUUACACCUGCCCAGAGGGGACACUAGAGGAGAACCGGAGGAGAACGAUGCACCAUCCUUGCACUUAAAACAAAACUCCAAGAGACGCACUGAUCUUUGCAACUACCGACUCGCACUACAGAUCGCUGGGGCGCGGAGCGGGGCCCGGCUCGGCCCAGGCUCCGGUGGGGAGAUGCUUAAGCCAAGGACAGAUUGGAAACUCUCCACCCUGGUACCAGCUGUGUACCAGAGACUGGAGGCCAGGGCUCAGGGGAGAGGGACACCCCUGCAGAGUUACCCCUCAUCCUUUAAACAAACCACACGGUGCUGAGCUCGUACCAUCUCCACCCCGGGCCACCGGCGCCUCGGCACGGCGGACAGUGAACGGUUCUAGCCUGUACAGUUUUAAUGUACCAAAAGACUCUUUAGCCCUCCUGUAUUAUAAGUCUUUAAAUGGAUUCAACUUUUUAAUUAUAAAUAUAAAUAUAAAUAUAUAUAUAUAAAUAUAAACUUUUUAAAACUGUGAAAAAAAUUAUGAAAUUAUAAAAAAGGAAAAAAAAAAAGAAAAAAACCCACAACGGCAGAAAUGAACACAGUCUGACGUUUAGAAUAUUAUUUUUUAUUUCCUGUUGGAUUGUGAUUGUAAAUGAUCUGGGAACAGGCACACCCCCCCACGCUCAAAGUGUACUGUACUUCUAGAAGCAAAUUGUGUGAGCAUAUUUUAAAGAGCGAGAGAGAGCGCGCGAGAGAGAUUUUAUGCUAAUGUUAAAUAGAAAGCACUUAAAACCCACUGCCUUCUAUGGAACACAAGGAUAUUUCAGACAAUCGAGAGGAAAGGAGAGCCAGGUUUUUGUCUUUUUUGUUUUGUUUUGUUUAUGUUUUGUUUAAAACAAUUUUUUUGGCAUUCUGUUUGUUGGAGAACUCCGUGUGAUCUUUUUUCAUAAAAAAAAAAAAAAAUUAAUUGAAAAAAAGCAA